ACAUGUAUACACACACACACACCACAUAGUAUGUCUAUCUUCACAAGUGCUUUGGAUUUACUUCUAUUAAUUUUUCAUUCAGGGUCAGCCUGACCACAAACACUAAUCAGAAUUUCUUCUUAUGGGUCCCGGCCUUUGGGACCUAUAAGGAGCAGUUGUUCUUCACAAGUUGAGUAUUUGUUGGAAAAAAUGAAUCUUACAAGGUGAGAAAUGCUAAAACACACUUACACACACACGCACAUAUAAACAACACUUCAGCGGCUCACUCAACCCGCCUACUUCAUCCCCCUCACGAAAACGAAGAUUUAAAAAAGAAGAAGAAGAAGAAAACCUCCCAUCCUGGUGGCAUACCUCUCCAUCCUGGCACCGCCCCUCAGCUAAAGUCAGCGCUCACGGUCUCUUCUCAUCAGACUUACGGAGAGACGGCGGCGUGUGUGCAGGGGGGCCGCUCAGGCUGUGCGCAUGUGGCAGGGCAGAGCCGACAGGACGGGACGGACUCAGCGUGUCAGACCGGCGCAGAAGGAGGAAGAGCUCGUUGACCUCUCCGCGCGCUUUCAGUAAUGCGCAGCAGAAAAGGAAAACAAACAGACUGAAAAACAUCAAGUUAAAAUUUCUUUCUUUUUUUUUUUUUCUUCCUUUUUUCUAAAUAUACUUCAUAUAUAUCUGAGCGCUCUGUGCCGUGGCGUGGAAGCUGCCUGUGGCAGAGGACGGGACGGGAUCCCCUGGAUGCGGGACGAUGGAUUAACAUCCCGCAGUCUGGUUUACUCUCCGUCCUUCGAGCCCCUCUUACCUGGGGAUUAUUCGGCCCGUCGGACCUCCAGUCUCUGCCUCUCGAGAUGAGUGAGGAUCUUGUUCUGCGCUGCGUCCUGAUGCUCUGCUGCGCGCUCCUCUCCGUCAGCGCCAGCAACUGGCUGUAUCUCGCCAAGCUGUCGUCAGUGGGGAGCAUCAGGGACGAGGAGACGUGCGAAAGGUUACGAGGCCUUAUCCAAAGACAGGUGCAGAUCUGUAAGCGCAGUGUGGAGGUGAUGGAUGCGGUCCGCCGUGGAGCACAGUUGGCCAUAGACGAGUGUCAGUUCCAGUUUCGCAACCGUCGAUGGAACUGUUCCACUCUGGAAACCAUGCCUGUGUUUGGCAAAGUAGUGACCCAAGGCACCCGUGAGGCAGCUUUUGUGUAUGCCAUCUCAGCAGCCAGUGUGGCAUUUGCGGUCACAAGGGCCUGCAGCAGCGGAGAGCUGGAAAAAUGUGGCUGUGACCACAACGUGCAUGGAGUCAGUCCAGAGGGUUUCCAAUGGUCAGGCUGCAGUGAUAACAUCGCAUACGGAGUGGCCUUCUCGCAGUCUUUUGUGGAUGUGAGAGAGAGGGGUAAAGGCCAGUCCUCCAGCCGCGCUCUCAUGAACCUGCACAACAACGAAGCUGGGAGAAAGGCCAUCUUGUCCCACAUGCGAGUGGAAUGCAAAUGCCAUGGUGUGUCAGGUUCCUGUGAGGUGAAGACCUGCUGGAAAGCCAUGCCACCAUUCCGCAAGGUUGGCAACAUCAUCAAGGAGAAAUUUGACGGCGCCACAGAGGUGGAGCAGCGCAAGGUGGGAUCUACCAAAGUCCUGGUGCCUCGCAAUUCCCAGUUCAAACCUCACACGGAUGAAGAUCUGGUCUACCUGGAGCCCAGUCCGGAUUUCUGUGACCAUGACCCACGUACGCCGGGUAUGUUGGGCACAGUGGGACGCCAGUGUAACAGAACGUCCAAGGCCAUCGACGGCUGUGAGCUGAUGUGCUGCGGCCGAGGCUUCCAGACCCAGGAAGUGGAGGUGGUGGACAGGUGUAGUUGUAAGUUCCACUGGUGCUGUUAUGUGAAAUGCAAACAGUGCCGCAAAAUGGUGGAGAUUCACACUUGCCGGUGAUGUAAUCUGCAGAGAGGGCCACGUUGAUGGACGGAAAGCUAAUAUCCUAUACGGCUCCUCAGUGACGGUCCAGAGGGAGCAAGGAGCUCUAUGAAACUCCCCCUUCUUCUGCUUUAAAACCAUCCCACCCUCCUAAAACAACAAUGGGCAAUGACUCUUUCAGGUCAACCAUCAUCACGCAAAUAUAUCCUGCUGUAGUAAUGGUUACUUCCAGUAACAGAGUCAGAUUUUUUUUUUUUAAAGAACAUCCAUUCUCUUCCUGUCCUCCCUCAUGCUCACAUUUGGUUUGUCACUGAUGCCUUUUAUUUUUAUAUUCUCUAACUUAUUUGUUGAGACUGAGGAGAUUGACAGAUGGUGGACACACAGAAGGAGACAAGUUGGGACAAGAAGUGACAAAUUUGGAACUGUGACUGUACAGCUGAGGGUGGAGGUGGGGUUGGGGAUCAGAAGGAGGGUUGCCUGCCCGCUGUGCUUGAUGAUGUUGCUGCUGCUUCCAGGACUCAUUUGGAGAGCUGGAUGUGAAAAAAGGGAGUCGGCGAGUCUGUCAGAGGACGCACCCGCACAACACAGAGAAACACAAACCUUCUGUGGAUCUUCUGUGGGUUCCUCAGUGUGCAUCAGUCCCUAACUGGCCACUGAAAUACCCUGACAUUGACACGCCCACUGGGUUCUUCCUCCAAUGAGGAUGAUGAAUAUAAUGAUGAUAAUGGAGAGGAAAAAGCCACUUUCGUCUCCUUCUUGUUUGUUUCAUAGCACUUGCAGGUGAUGGGUAUCGAACAAAUCUAACAUACAUACAUACACAGUAGGGGUGUAGCAAGAGGUCAUGCCAAGAAAUCUUGCAACGUUAAAACACUAUAAUGUUUCUGGCCUGAGUAAAGUCUGUAUCAUCUGGUAAGAUUAGUGUCAGUUUAUAAGAUAGGUUUCUGCAUAUGAAGAUGAGAGCUUAAGGACAGAACAUCUGUACCUACGGCUUCGUUUCCAUUAGAAAUGUGCACAAACAUUAAUAUUCUGCUAAUGUUGAAAAACAUAGUUGUAAGAAAACACUUAUUUCCAGAAGGUGGGAAAUGCAAUUAAAAUCACACGAGUGAGUCUGCUCACACAAUAAGUGAUUCAAAAUUAAGGUGGUGACGGAUGUACACACUGAUAAGAAAUAUAUUCAUAAUUCAGCCAUCAGAGGAGCGACAAACCCCUUAUACGUGGGAGCUUCUACAUCAGCUGUGUUUUGCGAAAUUGUAGUUGGCGAUUUUAUAGAAUAGCUCUGGAUUCAACUUGUUUGAAUGCCAAAAUCAACUUUUAAUGAACUGUGUGAUGCUUUGAGAGCUCUGGUGGAGCGAGCUGUGCACUGGCUAAAAAUACGAACUGCUGAAUGUAAACUGGAAUGAUCCGAACAAUACAAAAAAAGUGUUUCUUUUACAGUUUUGUGAAAUGCACAGAUUUGGAUACAAACAAAAAAUAUCCCUCAUUUUGGUGCAAACACUUUUCAUUGACAAACAUGAGGGUUUUUUUAUUGGUUUGUUUUCUUUAAUUUACUUUCAUAAUCCCAGUUGUGUUCAAUUUUAUGGUUAAUGGAAACUGAGCUACUUGUCUGAGACUCUUAUUUUGAAGAAAAUAAAUGCUUCUUAAGUUGCCUCAUUUUGUUAGCAGAUUUAAAAACAAAGACUUGUAACGAGGCUGGCCCAAAGCUUUGAAAAAAGCAUUGAAAAAAGCAUUUUAUUAGAAUCUAUUUAGAUAUAAGAAAGAGAUGAAAGUUGGCAUCUGCUUUGUAGAGACCCGUAAGCAUCAAACCAAAGUUGGGUUCACACGGCCCAAUGUCGUAAGAAAAUCUCUGGCUGUGAACCUGAGUAAGUGCUCUCUGGCCAUUAAGCAGGACAGAUGGACCAAAUGGUGAUUUAGCACUUGCACUACCAAAGACCAAGUAGUGUCAGAAACACUCUGGGAAAAUUGUGCAGCAUGGCUGCUACUCCAACCAACAUCUGAUUCUUGUCCUCUUUUGCACAAGCAUUAGAGCUACAACCGUCUCCUUUCGCUCUCCCUCUUUUCCGAGUCUGACUUCAAUAAUAAAGUCAAUAAAACCCACAACUUGGCCUGAUGGAACUGCCAUAAAAGAGUGGGGAUUCCAAGUUUUUCCUAAAAAUGAGCUAACAUCUUGCCUCAUUCUUGCAAUGUAGUCCAUUGUUCUGACCCGGCCGUCUUGCUACACCCCUAAUGCACAGUAAACGACGCCACAGAACAACACCUGCAUCCAGCCAUGACUGUCCAGGACACCUGAAAGUUUCUGUCUAAACAUUUACCAGAAUAGAUUUGUAAUGACUUGCUAUUAUUCCUGAAUAUCCUUUUGUGUUCUUUCGGAGUGAUGUUGACGUUAGUUGCCAUCUGUCAGAUUGUUAAGUUUGCUUCAUACAAACAUGAGUAACAUGCAUGUACCAGCCAACUCUCCAAAGACAAACACACACACAUUCACACCCAAAGGGGUCAUCCAGAGGGCAUGUUCCAAGAAUGACUGAAGCACUUUCUCUCCAAGCGCACAUAGAACCCUCGGCACACAGAAACAAGCAUUCAAAUGGAUAUUCACUUACCUUCUGUACAUGUAUUGCACUCAUUCACAUACACACACACACACACAACACACACACAUAAAGUUAUCAAUGCCACUGUCAGGACUUCCUGUACCACCACCAUAAAGCCAAGCUUCCCUAUAACGUGUUUAUAUCAUAGAGAUAAACUGUCAUUCUGUAAAGACACUGAAAAAGACCAUACUGCCUAUGAAUGUAUGCUGAUAAUGAAAUAUGAUGUUUUCAAGUUCAGUGUUGUCAUUUUUUUAAUAAAACAAAGAUUAUAUGGUG